ACUCCCUUUCCCAACUUAAACUUUCGUCCUUCCCCGGCCACCCUCGCUCACGCACUUCGCUCCCAUUGUCUGUCGUCGCUGCUCCGCCGGAGGCCGCGCCUGUAGCGUCGCCGACACCGUCGUCUGUACGCCUAAGCUGAUUGUGUGGUAGAGGAUCCGAAUUCGUGUGUGGAUGAAUCGCAUGACACUUUUGAGCAAGGCAAAGCAAGAAAAUUGAAGGAUCUCAUGAUAAAAAGUGACAAUAGGAUAUGUGCUGACUGUGGUGCACCUGAUCCCAAAUGGGUAUCUGCUAAUAUUGGAGUGUUUCUUUGCUUAAAAUGUGGAGAUGUUCAUAGGGCACUUGGACCUGACAUCUCAAAGGUUGAUGAUUACAGCAUGGUUAGUUUCAUUCCACUUGAUUUGAGAAAGGAAAGCAGCAUACAAUAUGUGCUAUCUUCUAUCGACACAUGUAUCCAAUAUGGGGAAGAUGCAGAUGUGAAGGUCAGGGACUUCGAAGAAGACGAAGACUAACCACUGGAUGCUGUAGGAGGUGCAAACUGGUUGCUAGCAGUCGUGUAGUGCGGAGUGAGGCUUUGGGCGCAGGCAUGCAAAAACGUCGUAGGCUGCUGAUGACAGCUAUCUGGUCUAUGUAAGACGAACUAAAGCAGAUAUUUGGCAAGUCCUAGUAAAACGUGUGUGCGCCUUGAUGGUCCUGUUCUCCCUCACUUGAGGCAUAACAGAACACGAGCAACUGUACGACGCCACCGCCGAGGGACUGCGUGAGACACUUGAGCGCCAUGUGAAUUUGUGAACUUAUGUAUUUGGACUUGUGUGAAUUUGUGAUAUGUACAUGUAUCCAUGUGUUUGA